CGGGGCGAGCCCAGCGCGGGGCAUCACCCGGGAGCGGCGCUGGCGCGGGCGGGCGGGCAGAUCAGGCCCCGCCGGGGAGCGCGGCGGCUUUAAGAGCCGCCUGCCAGGGCGCCUGGAGCGGGCUCGCCGACCGAGAGCGCGGCGCGCGGGCAGGCAGGGCUGGCACCGCGGGCGGGCGGGCAGCGGGACGGGGCGGCUCGAGCCUCGCGGGGAGGAGCCGGCGGCGACUCCGGGCGUCUGUUCCCAGCCAGGUCCCUCGCAUCGCCGCCGCCUGCCGCCCGCUCCGAGCCGCGGCCGGGCCGAGCCGCGGCUCCGCUCCCGCAGCCUCGACGAGAACCGGGGGGACGCGCGCGGGGAGCGCCAGCGCUGCCUCCUUCGUGUGGAAUAAACACCUGCCGGCCCCGCCCCGCCGCGCCGCCGGCCAUGGACUCCUUUAAAGGGGGCAUGAAUUUGGAGAGGCUGCCGGAGAGCCUGCGCCCCCCGCCCGCCCACGACAUGGCCUCCGGCUUCCAUCUGCAGCGCGCCGCCGAGCCCCGCGACCCGCUGGACAACUCGGCCAGCGAGUCCUCCGACACCGAGGUGGCAGACAAGGAGCGCAGCGGCGAGCAGAAGAGCGAGGACGGCACCGCCGAGGACCCCGCGAAGAAAAAGAAGCAGCGGAGGCAAAGGACGCAUUUCACCAGCCAGCAGCUGCAGGAGCUGGAAGCCACUUUCCAGCGGAACCGCUACCCGGACAUGAGCAUGCGGGAGGAGAUCGCCGUGUGGACCAACCUCACGGAGCCGCGGGUCCGGGUGUGGUUCAAGAACCGCCGCGCCAAGUGGCGGAAGCGGGAGCGCAACCAGCAGAUGGACCUGUGCAAGAACGGCUACGUGCCGCAGUUCAGCGGGCUCAUGCAGCCCUACGAGGACGUGUACGCCGGCUACCCCUACAACAACUGGGCCGCCAAGAGCCUCACGCCCGCGCCGCUCUCCACCAAGAGCUUCACCUUCUUCAACUCCAUGAGCCCGCUGUCCUCGCAGUCCAUGUUCCCGGCGCCCAGCACCAUCUCCUCCAUGAACAUGCCGUCGGGCAUGGCGCACUCCGCCGUGCCGCCCAUGGCCGGCUCCGGCCUCAACAACAUCAACAACCUCAGCGGCUCCUCGCUCAACUCGGCCAUGUCGUCCAGCGCCUGCCCCUACGGCCCGCCCGGCUCGCCCUACAGCGUGUACCGGGACACGUGCAACUCCAGCCUGGCCAGCCUCAGACUGAAAUCCAAGCAGCACUCGGGCUUCGGCUACAGCGGCCUGCAGAGCCCGGGCUCCGGCCUCAACGCCUGCCAGUACAACAGCUGACGGUGCCCCGGGCCGGGGCCCGACGGGGCGGGCGCCGCGGACUUGGACUGGAAAGAACGCGAGUGAGAAGCGGAUGAGAUGCGAGGGGGGAAGAGAAAAGAAACCUUAAACAGAGGGGGAAAUAAUAAUAAUAAAUAAUAAUAAUAAUAAAUAAUAAUAAAUAAUAACGAGGAUGGGAAAAGAAAGGACCAGAAUUUUUUGCUUCGUGUCCUAGCAGAGACCCCGACACCGAAGACAUGGAUGAGUUGCAAUUUUUCUCUGGAUGAUGCGGGUUGUGUGUGUUUACUUGAACUUGCACAGACGUCUCGGAGAGCGGCCACUUUAUAGCGCUAUGGGGGGGGGGGCCGGCGGAGGGGCU